AUGGCUGCAGCGCUGGGUCUGGGGCUGCUCUUGGGACUCCUGGGGGACCCGGGGGCAGCGACCAAAGUUCUCCACUCACUGCAUUACCUGCACGUGGCGGUGUCAGAGCCCAGCCCAGGAAUCCCCCAGUACAUGGAAAUUGGGUUUGUGGAUGGGAUCCCCUUCACACGCUACGACAACGAGCGGGGCCGGAUGGAGCCACUGACAGAGUGGGUAAAGGAUUCAGCUGAUCCAGAAUAUUGGGAUAGGGAGACCCAGAUUGCUGUGGGGAACCAGCACAUCAAUGCCAGGAACCUGGAGACACUGCGGGAGCGGUACAACCAGAGCGGGGGUCUCCACACCGUACAGUGGCUUUACCGCUGUGAACUCCUGUCCGAUGGGAGCGUCCGUGGGUCCCGCCGGGAGGGCUACGAUGGUUGGGAUUUAAUCUCCUUUGACCUGGGAUUCGGGAGAUUUGUGGCGGCUGACAGCGUUGGUGAGAUCAGCAGGAGGUGCUGGGAACAGGAUGGGACCGAGGCUGAGAGGUUGAUGAAUUACCUAAAACAUGAAUGCCCGGAAUGGCUCCAGAGGCACGUCAGACACGGGCAGAAGGAACUGGAGCGCAAAGAGCCCCCUGAUGUCCACGUGUCUGGAAGAGAGGAACACGGGACGCUGAUCCUGUCCUGCCACGCGUACGGAUUCUACCCCAACAGCAUCGCAGUCAGCUGGAUGAAGGGGGGUGAAACCUUGGAUCAGGAGACGGAGUGGGGCGGGAUCGUUCCCAACAGCGACGGCACCUUCCACACCUGGGCCAGGAUCGAGGCGCUGCCGGAGGAGCGGGAGCAGUACCGGUGCAGGGUGGAGCAUCCCGGAAUGCCAGAGCCUGGGAUCUUUGCUUGGGAGCCGACAUCUGGCGGGAAUCUCACCGUGGUGGUCGCUGUGUCCGUCAUCGCUGCCAUCCUCAUCCUCAUCGUCCUCAUCGGAUUUGGCGUCUGGAAGCUCCAAUCCGGUAACACACGGGAUGGGGGUUGGGAAGGGACACGGAUCCACCCGGCACUGUUCUGGGAAUCCUGUGCAACUGACACUGAUCCCACUUUGUUUCCAUAGGGAGGAGGGACAGGAAUGGAUACAACCCUGCAGCCGG